AUGGCAACAGCAACACAAACAGCAGCAGCAGCAGCAGCAGCAACAGCAGCUACAGCAGCAGCAGCAGCAACGCCAACAGCAACAGCAGCAAUAGCAACAGGAGUAGACGUAACAGCGGCACUCGCUCUGCUGCUCGUCAACAGCAGCAACAGCAGCAGCAGCAGCGGCAGCAGCAGCAGCAAAGACAGCAGCAGAGAGAGGAAUCAGAAGAACCAGCAGAAACAACAGAAGACGAUGGGGAGGCAGCAGAAGCUGAAGCAAGAACAAUCCUGCGGCAGCUGCUAUCUGCUGCUGCUGCUGCUGCUGCUGGCAACAGCACAGACGCAGCACCCCAAGCGGGGCCCACUGGGGUGCUGCGGGUCGUGGGGGUCCGCCGCACCCUACGCAGGCCCCGCACACCCAGCAGCAGCAGCCGCAGCAGCAGCAGCAGCAGCAGCAGCGACAGCUACCUCAGCAGCAGCCAAUCACGAUACGGGGGUCGCCGUCCGCGUGGUGGCUGGGGCGAAGACUCCUCCUCUUCUUCUUCAUCAGCAGCAGCGGGGGCCUUUUGCUGCUGCGCUGCCUGCGGCGGCGGAUGCACCUACACCAACAGCAAACGAGCAACAGCAGCAGCACCAGCAGCAGUUGCUGCUGCAGCUGCAGCAACACCAGCCAAGACUGGGAAGGCGCAGCAGCGAGAGCAGCAGCUGCAGCAGCAGCUUCAGCAGCAGCGGGGACGGACCGCCCGGCAGGCUACGUUGUUUUCUGCGUCGCCUGGCUCCGUCUGUCAGCAGCACUGCAGCAGCAGCAGACGCUGUUGCUGCAGCAGCAGCAGCAGCAGCUUCUGCUGCUGCUGGGGGUAGCCUGGAGGCCCUGAGGCGGGCGUUGAGUGACAGUGAGUGUGCGCUUCAACCUUCCUCCCGCUUGCAGCAGCAGCAGCAGCAGCAGCAACAGCAGCAGCAGCAGCAGCAGCAGCAGCAGCAGCAGCACUUGCGUUUGAAGCGAAGACACACAGGAGGAUAUCCCUCACUCGCUCAGCAGCAGCAGCAGCAGCAGCAGGAGGAGGAGCAGGAGGCCCACCCCCCCCACCCCCACCCCCACCGCCUCCAUCUGCAGCAACAGCAGCAGCAGCAGCAGCAGCAUCAGCAGCAGCAGCCGCAUCAGCAGCUAUUCCUUAUUCUUUAUCAUGCGUUGAUUCCUCUCUAUACGGAGACGAUGCAUUCAGUGGUGGGGGCCCCCUUGGGGGCCCCUCGUCGCAGCUGCUGGUGCGGUGCCCCCGCUGCGGGGGCCGGCUGCGGGCGACUGGAUGACUUUGACUAUUGCCAGGCUUGUCACAUAUACAAAGCUAUACUAAACAGAAGAAAGGCAGUCUGGCGCGCCGACGGCAGCCGCACGCUGCUGCUGCCUGAGGACCCCCCCAGCAUACAGAAGGGUUUGUUUGUAUGGCAGCAACCUGCUGCUGCUGCUGCUGUUGUUGCUGUUGCUUCUGCUGCUGCAGCUGCUGCUGCUGCUGCACGAGAAACCCCUCCCUCGAAACCCGACACACACCCACCGAACCCUACCAGCAGCAGCAUAAACACCAGCAGCAGCACCAGCACCAGCAGCAGCAGCAGCAGCAGCAGCAGCAGCAGCAGCAGUGGGUUCACUGCAUCAAGUCUAUGGGGUGCUCUUCGUGCUGACGCGUUGCGGCCUUUGCCUCCUCCUGAUGAGAGGGUAGAGGAGUUAGUAUCAGGACGGCAGCAGGGUGGUGCAGCAGCAGCAGCAGCAGCAGCAGGUGUGUUGCUGUGUCUCCCCAGCAACCUAGUAUCUCCUCAGCCCCCCAACGGGAACCCAGCUGUUAUACAAGCUAUCGAGGCCCCUGCAUCUAUCCCCACACUCAGCAGGCAGCAACUGACACGGCUCAGCUGUACGCGCUUCUUUCCUCUUUAUUAUAAAGAUGCUGAGACACUGCAUAUAGAGGGGGUCAGGGGCCCCCACGCAAGCUUCCUUACUCUUAUACUUAUUGCCGAUGAAAAUGUAUGGCCCCUAGUUAUACAGGCCAGGUUCAAGGAUACUCCUCCUACCACCACCACCAGCAGCAGCAGCAGCAGCAGCAGCAGCAGCAGCAGCAGCAGCAGCAGCAGCAGCGGCGGCAGUGCUGCUAGGUUGGGGGUAGAGGAUGGGCAGCUGUUUGCUUCUGCUGAGCCUCUUCUCGUCAGCAGUUAUAUACGGGGUCACUGGCGGGGCAGCGCGAAGACAGAGCCAGCGCGGCGUUCUCCGUCUCCCCCGAGGGGAGUUGCUGCUGCAGCUCCCCCCCCCAGCAGCAGCAGCAGCAGCAGCAGCAGCAGCAGCAGCGGCAGCAGCGAGGAGGAUCGAUGGUAUGUAGAUAUACACCGGGUUGCUGGGGGAGGGGUUCUCCGGUUCAAGGGUACUAUAUGUGUGAAUGGAGAUGUGUAUUAUUGGCGUUUAGUUUCUGCUGCUGCAGCAGCAAGCCCCCCUCGGUUUGUUGCUGUUAGUGGUGCUGCUGCUGGCCGUAAAGACA